AUUUUUAUCGCUUUCUUUGUUACAGACAAGUUCUACGUCAACAGAAGCGAAUUCAGUCCGUUUUUCGAUUUCGUAGAGUAAACCUGAACUCAUCAAUAAUUUUUUUUGUUAUUAAUUUUUAUUAGUGACAUUUGCUUAUUUGUGAUAGUGAUAAGUGAGAAUUUAUUAUUUUUAGUGAGGAUAAAGUCCAUAGUGUACAGAUUAUUUUCCGGCACAGGGGGAUGCAGUCAUUGGGGCGGGAUGGCUGAGCUGGGUCUUCUGAUCGGCGUACUCCUCUUCGUCGGGGCCAUCGGGUGCCCGUCCUGCUUCCUGGCCAGGUCGCAGCAGCGGGAGUUGUCCCUCCGCCAGAUCAAGGAGCAGAUCCUGGAGACUCUGGGACUCCAGCAGGCCCCCAACAUCACGGGCCGGCACAGACCGAACAUACCUCCGCUGGAAGGCCUCUACGACCAGUUCCAGUUCCAGGCCGAUCAGGCGCACCAGAAGGAGGAGGAGGAAGCCGACCUCACGGUGGACAAGGUCAUAGCCUUCGGUCAGCCACAUCCUAAGAUGCGACACCUGAAAGGAAAAGAACUGCUCAAUUUUAAGUUUUCGGAAAAAAUGCUGGAGAACCGAGCGGUGAACGCCUACCUCUGGCUCUUCUUGAGGGCGACGCCGCGGGAGGACGCCCACCCCAUCGAGAUCACUGUCUUCAAAGUCGCCUCCGACGACGAACCUCCAACGCUCACUGAAAUCAAUACUAUCAAGGAGGCUCGAACCUGGGGCUCGAAAGGACACUGGGUGAAGGUCGACGUGAAGCCGCUGGUCUCGGAGUGGUUCAAGAUGCCCAACGAGCCAAUGAGCUUGGCGGUCCAAGCGUCCAUCAAGGAGCACGGCAAGGAGGAGCUGUCCUCGCUCACCCAGAGGCUUCUGGUCACCUCCACUCGCAACGAUGCGUCGUCUUUCGUGCCCUUCCUCGAGCUGCACGUUGCCAAUACGAAGAAGCAGAGGACUAAAAGGACCAUCGGACUCAAUUGCCCGGAAAAUUCCGAAGAACGGCGUUGUUGCCGCUACCCGUUGACGGUGGACUUCGAGGAGUUCGGCUGGGAUUGGAUAAUCGCUCCAAAGAGAUACGAAGCGAAUUACUGCUCUGGAGAGUGCCCUUACGUCUUUCUCCAACAGCAUCCCCACACUCACAUCGUACACCUCGCCAACCCUUCUGGUACUUCCGGCCCUUGCUGCGCACCACGCAAACUGUCUUCUAUCUCCAUGCUCUACUUUGACCAAAACUCUAACAUUAUUUACGGAUUGCUUCCUGGAAUGGUAGUGGAUAGAUGCGGUUGUUCCUAGUUUUCUUUAUAUCCUUUUUUUUUUUUUUUUUUUUUGAAAUUUGAAAUAGUUACCUCGUUUACUUAAUUUAAUGUAAUCUGAGUUCUAACCAACUUAAUACCUCAACUCAUCUAGGUUAUCUAGAUCCGUUCACAACCAUUUAAAUGUCUAUCCACUAAACCGAUUAUUAUAUUGUAUAAUAAAAAAAAACGCAAGGUAUGUUUCUGUUGGAGAACUCGAAAAUUCUGGUGAUAUUUAUUUAUUAUGUUGGUUUUUUAUUAAGGAUGAAAAUUAUAAAAUUUCAAAAAAAAAAAAUUAUAUACACUAAAAAUUAUCAUGUUCAAUUUUGUGUCGGAUGCGGUAUUUAUGUUUAAUUGCAUGAUAAUUGUAGAGCUUAUGACAAAAUGUGAUAAAAUCUUUUGUAUUUUAAGUUGGAAAUGUAGAUUAUAAAAAAAUAUACCAUAGUUUAUAAAAUACUUGUGAGUAAAAACAUUUUUAUUUUUUAUUGUUCUUGGAAGAAAAAAAAGUUAGAAAUGUUAAUCAUUUAUUUUUUAUUUGUGAUUUUUGUACUAAUAGAUCAAAAUAGUGAUAAAUGUUGUAUUUUUAAUAAGAUUUUGAAGUGAUAUAAAUUUUCAUUAGCUAUGAAGAUUAGUAUUAGAGAUAUUUGAACUAUGUGUGAUAAAUUAAAUCUUGGAUAUCUAGAUUUGUUUUGUUAAUCAGUUUUUUUUUAGUUAUUUUUUUUAUUUUUAAAUCUAAAUUAGAUUAUGCUUAGAUUUUAGAUUUAAUUCAGUGAUUAAUAGUUUGUACUCGUUGCUAUAAGUGAAACAAAUUUGCCUUUAUCUGCCUUAAAAGAAUGGUAAUUAAAAAAAUUAUAAAGGUUUACUGUAAUUUUAGCAGCAGGGAAUCUAUAGUGGAGUUUAUUUUUUAAAAAUGGUAUUUUAUUUUUAUCAUAUACAUAUAUAGUGACUUUUCUAUUUUCUAAAGUUCUCCUGGAAACAUGUAAACGUUAAAGGCUGUAGACAAUUAAGCUGAUUGUUUGUCAAGACAUUUUGAUUUAUUAUAAUUUUUUUGUUUAUCGAAUACAUUGAUUACAUUUUUUUUUUUCAAACAUUAAUUCGUGUUAAAUAACUCCCCGUUAUAAAAUAUAAAUUGUUUUAAAAUUAAAAAUGUUUAAGUCUUUUUACAAGCUGUCACUCCUUAAAUGUUUACAGCAAUGAGAAAGUUAUUAGUGAAGAAAUCGUUUGUUGUAUUUUAUUUCUAUUGUUUAUUAUUAUUGUUUUUUAAUGAAGAAAAGACUGCUUGUAAUUAGAAGAUCUCUAAAAAAAGUUUUGGGUAGAGGGACAGUGAAGUGUGCGUUGAUAUGUGAUACUUGCUUCGACGAUGUGAACAUUUUAUCAGCAGGGUACUAUGUUGGCAAAGCGAGUCGGUUUUAAAAAAAAUUAUGCGUUAUCUAUUUCAUAUUUCAAAUUUUGACACUCUAAAGCAGUGCCAAAACAAUAAAUGAAAACAGCACAAAGAAUAUCGACAUGGCAGCAUUUAUGUAACAAAUUUGUCUUCAAAAUCUACUUAAAUUCUAAGUGGGAAAACUUAGAAUAGUAUUAAUUUGGAUAUAAAUAAUGUAACGAUAAUUUAAAUUUUAAAAAAUAAUUAUUUUCAUCGAUUGUUAAAUAAAUAUGUCUACGUAUAUUAAAUUGGUACUGCCAUGACUUAUGUAGAAAACCUAUUAAACACAACUUAAAAUUGUUAAAGUAUAUAUUAAAAAACAUGUGUUGUUUGAUAAUAUAAAAUAUCAUGAAAGAAAUGUUUGGUCUUUAUUUAUUCCUAUUCAUUAA